GUCUUUGUAUGCGCCGCCGUCAGGACAGAGAACAAGUCGUCGAAUUUGGUCAAAUUGCUUUACCUCAUUCAACCCGCAUACCUCAAUUGUUAGCCUAAACUGUGUAAAUACGUUAAUGACAAUGUCCGAAAAAGUGAAGCGUCAAUAUUUCUAGGUUUGCAUUCAUUUUUUCGCGGUUGCUUUCAAGCUCAAAUAUAGGCUGAACCACCUACGGGUGUAGUUCCAAUUAUGCAAAGAACAGGGGAUAAUGGGAUUACUGCAGAGAAUAUCUCACAAAUGAAUAACUGGUUUAUCUUUUUCGAGUUAUGGUAUACUGAAUUUCAACUUAUUCUAAUGGAACUGCCGGAAUCAGCAUUACCUAUCCGUGGCCUCUUACAUUCACAGUCACAAGCCAAAGUCGCAUCCCAUUUUGGGUUACCGGACAGACGAAGACAAGACGAGAGAGGCUCAGUAACAAAAACAUCAAAAACUCAUGUACGAUGAACGAUUUAUGAAAGAGGCUCUUAAAGUAGCUCAAGAGGCAUAUGAUCAUUUGGAAGUGCCUGUGGGUUGUGUGUUUGUAACAGACAACCAAGUCAUUGCACGUGGCCGAAACAAGCCCAAUGAAACUUUUAACGCUACUCGACAUGCUGAGAUCGAGGCCAUCGAUGACAUCUUAAAGAAUCACGAUAAAUCCAUCUUUGCCGAAACCGAUCUUUAUGUCACUGUAGAACCCUGUGUUAUGUGCGCCUCGGCUCUAAGGCAAAUAGGUAUUCGACACGUUUAUUUUGGAUGCGGCAAUGACAAAUUUGGAGGCAAUGGUUCGGUAUUCAACAUUCAUUCAGACCCUCGUCUGUUAACAUCUGAAUCCCAUCACUAUCCUUCUGAAGGCGGUUAUUUUGCCGAAGAAGCCAUCAUUCUUUUACGAAAAUUCUAUGUUCGCGAGAACAGCCAUGCCCCUGUGCCAAAGAAAAAGGUCAAUCGCGUUCUCAAAACAGAUAUACCCGAUAAAAUCAAACAACAAACUCCCCAAGAAUAAUAACAUGAUCAAAGCUGAUUCGUGAACAAUAUAACGGACAGAGUAAUGCAUGAUCAUGACGAAUGAUAAUCAACCAUGGGAAACAGUUAAAAAGAAAAAAGAGGAGAAAAGAAAAAAAAGAGAAAAAGAGAAAAAGAGACAGAAGAAAAAGAAAAAGUAAGAAAAUAAAUACAACGAAAAAAGAAGAAAGAUUACUGUCAGCCGUUCGUUCUUUGGCGAACGGGAAGUGGUAAAAUAUCAACAUUCAUCUCGAUGAUUAGUUCUUGUUGUCAUUUACAGUGUCGUCCGAUGCUGCAUUGAUAAGCGUGGAGGGAGUCGUUCCAUCAUCAUUAUCGGUAUCAGAUAGCUUUUCCAAGACUUCGAAUCGUUUUGGAGUCUCUUCACGGAGCUUGCUGUCGCCGCCUUCGUCUUUCUUGUC